AUGGGUCACAACCCAUACUUCUCGACUUUUUAUUGCUCGGAAAAAGUGUAUGGUGUGUCUGAAAUGAAGUCUUACCUGUCAGAGUGUUCAUUUGAACAAUUGGGUAACCCGAUAUGUGUGCUCACAACAUAUAAUGAUACAAACGAAAUACAAUCCUUUCACAACCUUCGUUUUGAUACAACUUAUUUUACUUCAGCUGAGUCGAUUUUGGAAACAACAAGUUUGAAUCCAAUACUUCAAUCCAACUGCUUUGUGUUAAUUGGAAACCCUCAAUUUCCUGGACCUGUUGUUUACUCCGAAAAGGCAAAACGAUGUGGAUUCGAUACAUCACUAUUCGAUCGCUUGUUACAAUGCCCUUGGAUCAAUCGAACACUUUUGAACAUUGAAAAAGAAAUCACACCAUUUGCGUUCGACUUCACAAACAAAAUAUUUUACUCUUCUCAAGUCCAAGUGCCUCCAAUACACACAAAUUUAGAUGUCACUUGUGUUUCACGUAUCUUCAAAAAUAAGAAAGUUCCUUUCAUGUUUAUUCAUUGCGAAGGCAGAGAAAUCGAACGGAAUUUCGAAACAAAUUUUGAAAACGCUGAAGAGGCUAACAUUGUGAAAAUGCUUCUUUCAACUUUACAAAAUAAGAAUGUACCAGUCAGUUCAAUUGGUGUUGUAUCAAUGUUUUCUGCCAAAGACAAUUGA